GCCUCUCCCAGGGGUCCCUACUGGCUCCUGAUCCGACCUCCGGACCCUGCUCCCCAGAGACCCCUGCUCCCAGGACUCAGGCCCCCGCUCUGCCAGCCCCACCGUCGGGGUCGGGGUGGGGGUGGGAGUGACUGGCGUUCCCGUGACUCCAGGCCGGCGGGCGGCAAGGCUCCUGCACAGCAUGGGGGCUUCGUGGUGGCUGUCAAGCAAGAGCGCGGCGAGGGCCCGCGAGCCAGUGAGAAGGGGUCCCACGAGGAGGAGCCUGUGAAGAAGCGAGGCUGGCCCAAGGGAAAGAAGCGAAAGAAGAUCCUGCCAAAUGGCCCCAAAGCACCUGUCACUGGCUACGUGCGCUUCCUGAACGAGCGGCGAGAGCAGAUUCGCACGCGCCACCCGGACCUGCCCUUUCCUGAGAUCACCAAGAUGCUGGGUGCCGAGUGGAGCAAACUGCAGCCCACAGAGAAGCAGCGGUACCUGGAUGAGGCCGAGCGGGAGAAGCAGCAGUACAUAAAGGAGCUGCGCGCGUACCAGCAGUCAGAAGCCUACAAGAUGUGCACCGAGAAGAUCCAGGAAAAGAAGAUCAAGAAAGAGGACUCGGGCUCCGGGCUCAUGAAUACCCUCUUGAAUGGACACAAGGGUGGGGACUGCGAUGGCUUCUCCACCUUUGAUGUCCCCAUUUUCACUGAAGAGUUCUUGGACCAAAACAAAGCUCGGGAGGCGGAGCUGCGGCGCCUGCGGAAGAUGAACGUGGCCUUCGAGGAGCAGAACGCGGUGCUGCAGAGGCACACCCAGAACAUGAGCAGCGCAAGACCCCAAUCCUCUGACCUCUGUGCCCUGGAGCCCCAACCACAGCUACUCCAACACCGGGCUCGGCUGACAGCCCUGCCGCCCGCAGGCACCGGCGAGACGCCCACGCUCAGCACGCUGGACUUCUACAUGACGCAGCUGCACGGAGCCAUCGAGCGGGACCCCGCCCAGCACGAGAAGCUCGUGGUCCGCAUCAAGGAGAUCCUGGCCCAGGUGGCCAGUGAGCACCUAUGAAGGUGUUGGUCAGCUCAUGGCGAUCCAGCGAAGACCAAGCUCUGCUCUGGCCCCCACCCCAUGAAGGAGGGAUGGGGGUCCACCCUUUGGGGCCAGGCCCAAUCCUGCACCUUGGGAGCUCCAGCCCCCUAACAUUACUCUACACCAUCCCCUAGCUUUCAACCUCCCCAGCACCCCAAAUCCAGAAAAGUCACCUGCCAUGCACAACACACAUAGAACCCCAUGGCCUCAUAGAGCAUGUCAUAGUACAGGGCAGUGGGAACACCACACAUGGGCAGCAUGACCCAGGACACAAGGGGACCAACAGCAACUCUCCACACUGGUGUAGGGAGGGUGAAACAGGCUACAGUGGCUCUAGGGAUCUGCCCCAGGACACAGGGCAGUGGAAACCCAUACCUGACACAGGGAGGGACUCCCCGAAGGUGCUGACCACAAGUGCCCCACGCAAGCAGGCACACUGCGGGACAUGCUCUCAUGCUUGGGGGAGAGCCUUCUGCCUGUGGCCCUCGACUUCCUGCACCUGAAAAUGGAGUAACUGGGACUGACUCCCUGCCCCGUUCAGCUAAUCGACCGUCAUGAAGGUGGCCCCUUUGCCACUGCUUAAUCUGGACUUUUAAAUUAAAAAAAA